AUGGAUCCAUCACCAUCUGCGGUGACGGAUGCUGAUGGUGUUGAGCCAUGGGUGUAUGUUGGACAUGAGGAUUUCCGUGGUGCGAGUCGGGAGUGCCAUGAAUACCAGCAGUCGGGCCUCCGGUAUGGUGGAUGGAGGCCCGAGGCUGCUGGUGUCGAGGGCGUUGGUGAAUCGAUGUAUCAUACGCUGACUGGUGGUGAUUUUGUCCUGAUUGUGAGCCCUGACCCGAAUAAUCCACGGUAUAAUCCCCCACUCGAUAAGUGCCCGCCAGUGUGCCUCCGACGCAUGAGGUCCUCCAGAGCGAACCGCUCUGGACGGCCGCUGGGCUCUGAAUGGAAAGAAUUUGACAAGCUGAAGCCCUUGCGGGCUACGACGGGGAGAAUUAAGUGUUAUCUAGUAGCGUGCAGAACGUGA